UCAAUAAGUUUCCAGAACUUCAUAACGCGCAUGGCCGGCAAUUUUCAUGGAUAACACCUACGCUUGCGGUUAAAUAUUUAAACGAAUACACGCGUUAAUAGUGUUUUGGUAAGCAAUUCCAUUCCUUCGCCGUUAUCCAUUUCUAAAUGCAAUAUUAAUACCGGUAUGCUUUUCAGAAAUGCCAAUGGAGUUAGAGUCAUCUAUACAUAAAACGUUUUCAGAUAGCUUCAAGAAACAUACUUUAAAUCCGGCAUUUCUCCAGGUAGCAGAGGACGAAUUAAAUGAAACUCCAGAGAAUUACAAACAGCAAUUGAAUUUAUUAUGCCUUCUAGUUGCAAAUGACAAAAAUCUCAGGUUACCCGAAGACGAUGCUUUCCUUAUCAGAUUCUUACGAGCCAAAAAGUUUGAUGGUCAUAAGGCUUUUCACAUGUUGCAGAGGUACUACCUAAUGAAGAUAAAAUAUCCAGAAUUAAUAACAUGUCCUCUUCCAUCAGAAGUAAGCCGAAUAUUAAAUUUUCAAGCACAAAACAUGUUGGUUAACCGUGACCAAUUCGGCCGACGGGUGUAUAUUAUUAGAGUAGACAACUUCGAUUCAACGCAGAUGACAAUCGAAGAAGUAUUUCGUACAAAUAUACUAGCUUUAGAGGAAGUAGUGCGAGAGCCUGAAACUCAAAUAGCUGGCGUCGUUGUGAUUGUAGAUAUGGCAGGUUUAAAAUUGCAUCACGCCAAGUUUUUCACGCCGCAUUACGCUAAACGAACGGUAGAAGUGGUGCAGGAUACUUUUCCAUUAAGAUUCAAAGGCUUCCAUAUUGUUAACGAACCCUUUUAUUUUGACGCAUUUAUGGCUGUGGUUAAACCGUUUCUAAAGGAUAAAGUGCGAAAGAGGAUUCAACUCCAUGGGACUAAUUUCAGCUCUUUACACGAAUUCAUUCAUCCAGACAUCUUACCCUUUGAGUACGGCGGAACGGCAGGGACUUUCGACAACCGCCCGUGGCACUUACAGCUACUUUCUCACGAAAACUACUUUAAGACUUUGGAGAACUAUGGGUACAAAGUAGACAAUAACGACGAUUAAAAUGUUUCAUUUUGCUACGACACCGCAAAUAGUCAACACUGGAAAAAUUAGUUGCGAACCACCACUUCCAAUUAUUUACGCUAAUGACUUACACAACACGAUUCUUUUAUACUAUGACACUAAUUGAAUAACACUGUGCCACUAUCACCGGGAAUGGUCGAUACCUAAAUACAUCCGACACCUUAUUUCGGAUGUCCAACCCACAUCAAAGCGGAAAUAUCGCCGAUUGUUUGAUGGAAGCUUCCGAUGUAAUUUAAUCAAAUGCAUAAUUCUUCGCACACUUUGCAACUACUUUUUCUAGCUUCAUUUAAAAUUAAUGCUUGGAGAAAAAUAUUUUCUAUAUCAUUAACUUAUCUUAGUAUCAAUUUGUAAUACAAUCGUUGACAGCAUCUGAAUGCAUAUAUAAACAAAUGUUAAAUAAAAUUGGCUUUGGCUGUGU